AAAAUUUAGUUUAGUUGGCUCUUGAAGUAAUUGUGGAAGAUUGUCUGUUGAAUGUUACGUAGCGCGUUGAGACUGAGAAGAAGCAUGGCAACAUUCUCGGGUCUGAGACUAAAUGAGGUGGUCAAUGUGCUGGAAAAGUUUGCACCGGCAUCCCUGGCCGAAAAGUGGGACAACGUGGGCCUGCUGAUCGAGCCAAGCGCAGAUAAACAUGUGGAGCGCAUAUUGCUAACCAAUGAUCUCACUGAGCCCGUGUUGGGUGAAGCCGUUGAGAAGAAUGUCGAUCUCAUUAUUAGCUAUCAUCCGCCAAUCUUUCGGCCGUUGACACGGAUCACUAUGUCCAACUGGAAGGAGCGUAUAGUCAUCGGAUGUUUAGCCAACUCCAAGGCUUUGUAUUGUCCACACACGGCCUGGGAUAAAGUGGUGGGUGGUGUCAACGAUUGGCUGGCCAAGGCAGUAGAUAUAAAGGGCAUAAAGCCCUUGGUUCCAGAGCCGGGCGCAGUUGAUGGGACUGGCUCGGGACGUCUUGUAGAGACCAAUAUGCCCAUCUCCCAGGUGGUACAUGCACUCCAAGACCACAUAAACAACAGCGUGCAUGUGGCAUAUGCUGUGGACCAUCAUCCAAAGACUUUUGUGCAUACCGUUGGAAUAUGCGCGGGAUCCGGUGGGUCAGUCUUAAAAGGCAUUCAAGCGGAUCUGGUCAUAACUGGCGAGAUGUCGCAUCACGAAUUGCUGGACUUUAACCACAAUGGGACGACAGUUCUGCUUUGCAAUCACAGCAAUUCGGAGCGCGGUUUCCUGCGAGAAUUUCAGUGCAUACUAAAGGAGAGACUUCAAGAAAAGUGUGAGGUCAUUGUUUCAGAAAAGGAUAAAGAUCCCUUGCAAACUGCAUUUAGAAGCAAUUCCCAGGCUGUGCAACAAGUGAAGCAGUAGAUAUAACAAACUUCAUUUGUAUUAAAUCAUAUACAAGUAAAUACAAUUAAAUUAUAAAAUGCCUUAAU